CCUACGUCACCGAAGUCACGUGACUGGCCAUAUUGCCGGUCAAACAAGGCAUUGUUCAAUGCUAAAUCUGUUGAGACGAAACAAAAAUAUGUCUUGAAGCACGAUGCCCAGAGUUUUGCCUAAUACCGUUAAACAAUUAGAAGGUGAUAAUAAACGAAGGUACGUGGAAAAAUUUGAGACACUUGGUAUAGAGGACCCAUAUUUAAUGCCAAAGUCGAUGUUUUCGGCGAUAAGAAACUGGAAUGUUAACCCACUUCCGCUUGUCUUGGACAACUGGAGCUACACAAGUAUCUGCGCAAUCGUGGGAGAGUGGCGUGUUGCUGUGGCGCCGCCCUUUGGUGAUGUUCCCCAUCCGUCUCCCCCUCCGAGUCCAUCCCGGCACCAGAACAAACUGCAGCAUCUCGUGGACAAUGUCCAGCUGCUAGACGUUACCGCCGGCAGCGGCUCACUCGUUUCCCGGUCGCAGUGGGCAGCGGAUCUCGGGUGUAUGAUGAAGCCUCGUCGGCCGCGGGUGGCCGUGUGCCCCCUCCUCCUCCUCGUCCUCCUCCUCACCGCACCCGGUCGCUUCGGUGCGGCCGCCCGACACGGUUGUUUAUUCGAGAAAAAGCUAUGUCCCAGAGAACAGCCGUGCAGUAAUGAUGGUUUGUUUGGACAGUGUUGGGCUCCUCACCACGAUCCGGUCCAAUACCUGGUGUCUGUUCCUGCUCUGUAUAAGCUGCAGGAGGUCCUUAAAGACCUGAUGAAACAAGGUAUGACCUGGAGGGAUGACGUCACUCAGGCAGCAAUUGGGCGGGAGCUGAGUCACAUUCCCUCUAUUAGCUCCUCACAGCUUCACCAGCGCAAACGGCUGCUCAGUCAACUGAAGAUUCUGAGACCUGAGGAAACAGUUGACCCACAAAUGAUCCAACAGUACAUAAACUACCUGACACUCGACCCUUCUCCACCUUCCGUACGUGGGCAGGUGGCCUCGCUGGAUCCGUACAACUAUCAACAGGAUGAGGCUGAGCGAUCCCUCAACUCCCUGGAAGAUAAUCCAAGCUCCACGUUCCUCCGCUUCUCCGCCCCUCGCUCCAGGUCCAGAGGAAAGGCUCUAGAUCGAGACAAGCAACUUCUCCAGAACCUGGUGUCCAAUUACCUCGCCUCGCCAUCCUCCUCCUUGUCCUCCUCUGUCCAGGCUGCUCCCCGCCACAGGGGGGCACCUGCAGUAUCAUUCCCAUUAGCCUCCUCCUUCACAGAACUCGAAUUCCCGCUGGACUAUGACCAAGACUACGUUUCCCAUGUUCAACAUCUUAGCAAUCAGCCGGAGAUCAAGGUGGUUCCAAAGUAUGAUGCUCUGGCAGGACUGGAUGCACGGUCUGUGCAGCGUCUGGAUCAGCUGCUGGACCGCUACGGCCUGAAUAUCCAGGAUUUGUCCCCUGAUCAGAGAGACAAACUUCCAGCUUUGCUCAAGCAGCUUCACCUGGAGAGCUCCUUCAGCCCCAAAGCCUCGAAAGAAAACUAUGGAAACAAUGUUGGCUCAGGGAAGAAGAUCACACAGGGUUUCAUGGACCACAAGAUGGAUGCCACAGACGGUCUCCCAAUAAUGAAGUCCUCCAAACCAGCAGAUGUCCAAAAGGCUACAAGCUCUGGUUUGGUCGCCAAGCUGGGAAAGAAGAAACCUGAAGAUGUAUUGGCCCCAGUGAUCUCCCACGGGACCAACCCAAACCCAUCAGAGAAAGAAGAUAAGACCAUCCUGGAAGCUGAGACAAGCCUAAAGAUUCAAGAGAAGCUGGAAGGCCAGCAAGUGAAGAAUGACAGCAAAGCGUUGCCCCUGGCUACCAGAGUCCGACCUGGCUCUCGCUGGGUUUCCUCUACCCUGGUGGCUUUCGCUUGCAUAGGGGGCAUCUUGGUGGCGGCCCUGAGCGUCACCUGCUUGCGUCACCAUGCCCACCGAUUGGCAGCCAAGAAGUUGGGCCUAGGGGUCGAGGGUGGAAGCUUUAGCCAUCAGGAGUACCAGGACCUGUGUCGCCAGCAUAUGGCGUCCAAAGGUGCCUUCGGACGCCUGGAAGCCGCCGCCCUGGGUGCUGUGGCGGGGCCGAACGGAGGAACAGCACCUGGUGGCGGGAAAGGAGCCGGCGCAGUCGGGGGGACUGACUCAAGAGUGAGCAGCGUGUCGUCCCAGUUCAGUGACGGAGCGCAGCCGAGUCCCGGCUCUCACAGCAGCACGCCGUCGUGGUGCGAGGAGCCUGCACAGGCCAACAUGGACAUCUCCACUGGGCACAUGAUUCUGGCAUACAUGGAGGACCACCUGAGAAACAAAGACCGACUGUUGAAAGAGUGGGAUGCACUCUGUUCCUACCAGGCGGAGCCCAGCAGUGUUUCUGUGGCUCAGAGUGAGCCCAACACCAAGAAGAACCGCUUUCAUCACUCCCUGCCUUAUGAUCACGCCAGGGUGAAGCUUAAACCAGAGAUCAACCCUUCUCGGACUGACUACAUCAACGCCAGUACUAUAAUUGACCAUGACCCUCGGAUGCCGGCCUAUAUCGCCACCCAGGGCCCCUUGUCCCAUACCAUCUCUGACUUCUGGCAGAUGGUGUGGGAGACUGGCUGCACGGUGAUCGUCAUGAUGACCGCUCUGGUGGAAGAGGGAGAGAAACAAUGUGACCGCUACUGGCCAGAUGAAGGCUCCUCGCUCUACCAUAUCUAUGAGGUGAACCUGGUGUCCGAGCACAUCUGGUGCAAUGACUUUCUGGUGCGAAGCUUCUACCUGAAAAAUGUUCACACGCAAGAGACCCGAACCCUCACUCAGUUCCACUUCCUCAGCUGGCCGGCUCACGGGAUCCCCACCUCCACACGUCCUCUACUGGACUUCCGCAGGAAGGUGAAUAAAUGCUACCGAGGACGCUCAUGCCCCAUCAUCGUCCACUGCAGUAACGGAACAGGCCGCACUGGUACUUACAUCCUGAUCGAUAUGGUUCUAAAUCGUAUGGCUAAAGGUGUGAAGGAAAUCGACAUUGCUGCGACACUGGAGCACGUUCGUGACCAGAGGCCUGGAAUGGUUCGCACCAAGGACCAGUUUGAAUUUGCCCUGACUGCUGUGGCUGAGGAGGUGAACGCCAUCCUUAAAGCUCUGCCUCAGUAAAGUGGUCUUCGACCACUGUCUGACGACCUCUGAACUCGUUUCUCUCUUGAUUGCCUUUUGCCUUGAAAGUUAACAGUGAUGUCACGCCAUGAAAAAAUAAAAAAAAGCCUGUAAUUGUAACCUUUGGGGAGGAUUUGUACAGGCACAAAGCCGUAUGUCAUGUUGAAUUAUUUACGGCAUAAUAUUUGCCUCAUAUUAUAACACAGCUGCAUGAGUAAUCUUGGAAAAACUAUACUACAUAUACUCUUUAAAGGUCACAUAUUUUAGCUAUUUAGACCUCCAUAGACUGACUGACAUGGAUAAAUGUGUCAAUUUAAUAAAAAACAAAACAACAACUUGGUUUUGUCCAAAAAAGGCCCUUCUGCCAGCUACUUCUGCUUGACCCAGUUUUGUAGCUGCGGUGUCCAUAUUUGGCUGAGACCGCCCCCUCGCCCCAUUUUUUCUGAUUGGUUGCCUCUGUGCAGAAGCCCCUCCUGUGAGAGCGCACAUGUUUGUUGACAGCGCUGGGUUGCUGGCUUUUUGCUAGUGAUACAGAUAAACUCAAGAAAUUCAAAUGAGCUGAUUACAAACCUCUUUAUCGGAAAAGUGUCAGAAACGCAGGAAUGCAUAGACCUUUUUAAUUCAUGUUUACUCAGGCACCAUAGAUACAAUAUUAUAUGGCAAAUUCCAGAAAAUGGUGGCUUGGCAAAAUAUGGGACCUUUAAGAUGCCGUGUCCCGCCCUACUACUUCCUCGUAACUUUUGGAUGUGCCACUAUUUAAGUUACAAUUCCAGUAUGACUUGUACCUGCACAAAUCUACCCUGAAGAUCAUGUGACGGUUUUCUUGUGGGAGCCUCAAGUCGAUUCCUUUCAGCUUAUGCUCAUGUGGUGACCUGUUGUAAAUUGUGGUGUUGAAUACAUCAUGUUUAUGUUUUGGGAAGUGGAUGCUGGACGAAGCUAAACUUUAAAAAAAUGGAUCUACUUCAAAUAAUUUACUACUUGGUAAAGUAUAUGAUUAGAGGGAUAGUGCUCUGAGGAUUAUUGACACCACCCAUGACAUCUGGAGAGCUGUCAUUAUUCUGUGUGCCAUUAAACUGGUUAUAUUGUCGUAUACCUCAUGCAAUUAAGAAAAUGAAAAAAAGAGAAAUAUUAAUGAGAAAAUAUUUUAUAACUGUGAAAUUAUAAAUAAAUAUUUUCGUGUUUAAG